AUGUCUUUUGAUCAAUUAAACAUUCUUGUCAUUGGUAAUGGAGGUAGAGAACAUGCUAUUGUUUGGAAAUUGAUUCAAUCUCCAACCGUAGCCAAGAUCUACGUGGCCCCAGGUAAUGGUGGUACUUCAUCUACUAAUGAUAAAAUCAUUAAUGUUCCUGAAUUAUCAUCAUCUCCAAAAGAUUUUUCAAAAUUACAAUCAUUUGCAGUAGAUCAUCACAUCAAUUUAGUUAUUCCUGGUCCUGAACAACCUUUAGUUGAUGGUAUUACUACCAUUUUUCAAAAAGUUGGUAUUCCAGUAUUUGGACCAUCUCAAAAGGCUGCUCUUAUGGAAGGUUCAAAAGCUCAUUCUAAAUUAUUUAUGGAAAGACAUCAAAUUCCAACUGCUAGUUUUAAGAAUUUCACUAAUGUAGAAGAUGCUAAAGCUCACAUUGAAUCAAUUGAUUAUAAAAUCGUUUUAAAAGCCGAUGGUAUCGCUGCUGGUAAAGGUGUUUUAAUUCCAGAAACUAAAGAAGAAGCUUUACAAGGAUUAAAUGAAAUCAUGGUUCAAAAGAAUUUUGGUGAUGCUGGUAAUGAAAUUGUUAUUGAAGAAUUCUUACAAGGUGAUGAAUUAAGUAUUUUAACCAUCACUGAUGGUUAUUCAUUCUUUAAUUUACCUGCUGCUCAAGAUCAUAAACGUAUUGGUGAUGGUGAUAAAGGAUUAAAUACUGGUGGUAUGGGUGCUUAUGCUCCUGCACCAAUUGCAACUGCUAAAAUCUUAACUAAAAUUGAUGAAUUAAUUAUUAAACCAACCAUUGAUGGUAUGAGAAAAGAUGGUUAUCCAAUGAAUGGGAUUUUAUUCACUGGUAUAAUGUUAAAUUCUAAAAAUGAACCAAAAGUUUUAGAAUAUAAUGUUAGAUUCGGUGAUCCAGAAACUCAAACUGUUUUACCUUUAUUAUCUGAUGAUACUGAUUUAGCUCAAGUUAUGUUAGCUUGUGCUGAACAUAGAUUAGAUUCAACCAUCAUUAAAAUUAAACCAAAUAUGUUUUCCACUACCGUUGUAAUGGCUGCAGGUGGAUAUCCUGAAUCAUAUAAAAAAGGUGAUGAAAUUAAAAUUAAAACUCCUUUACCAGCUGAUACUUUCAUUUUCCAUGCUGGUACUACUACUACUAAAGAUAAUAAAAUCGUUACUGCUGGAGGUAGAGUUAUUGCUGCUACUGCCAUUGCUUCCACCAUAAAGGAAUCAGUUGAUAAAGCCUAUAUCGGAGUUGACCAUGUUUCAUUCCAAGAUAAAUAUAAUAGAAAAGAUAUUGCUCACAAAGCUUUCCGUGAUGAAAAUAAAUCAGUAAGUGGUGUAACUUAUGCUGAAGCUGGUGUUUCCGUUGAUAAUGGUAAUUUAUUAGUUGAUCAGAUCAAAGCUAAAGUGAAAUCAACUGCUAGACCAGGUGCCGAUUCCGAUAUUGGUGGUUUUGGAGGUGUAUUUGAUUUAUUAAAAGCUGGUUAUAAAACCGAUGAUACUUUAUUAGUGGCUGCUACUGAUGGGGUUGGUACUAAAUUAAGAAUUGCUCAAAUUAUGAAUAUUCAUGAUACAGUUGGUAUUGAUUUAGUAGCUAUGAAUGUUAAUGAUUUAGUGGUUCAAGGUGCUGAACCAUUAAUCUUUUUAGAUUAUUUUGCUACUGGUAAAUUAGAUAUUGAAGUAGCAGCUAAAUUCGUUAGUGGGGUUGCUGAUGGUUGUAUUCAAGCUGGAUGUGCUUUAGUUGGAGGUGAAACUUCAGAAAUGCCAGGUAUGUAUGAUGAAGGUCAUUAUGAUACCAAUGGUACUGCUGUUGGAGCUUUAAAUAGACAUAAAAUUUUACCUAAUAUUGCUGGUAUGAAAUCAGGUAAUGUUUUAAUUGGGGUUAAAUCUGAUGGGGUUCAUUCAAAUGGAUUUUCAUUAGUUAGACAUAUUAUUGAAAAAUCGGAUAAUUAUGAUUAUAAAUCAAUUGCACCAUGGACUAACUCUGGUAAAACUAUUGGUGAAGAAUUAUUAGUUCCAACUAAAAUUUAUGUUAAACAAUUUUUACCAUCAAUUAAUCAAGAUUUAUUAUUAGGGUUAGCUCAUAUUACUGGUGGUGGUUUAGUAGAAAACAUUCCAAGAGCUUUACCAAAGAAUUUACAAGCUAAAGUUGAUAUUAGUAAAUGGGAAGUUCCAAGUAUUUUCAAAUGGUUUGGAAAACAAGGUAAUGUUCCAUAUGAAGAUAUUUUAAAGACUUUCAAUUUAGGAGUUGGUAUGGUUUUAAUUGUUGAAUCUCACAAUGUUGAAAAAGUGAUACAUAACUUAACUUCAGAAGGUGAAGAAGCCAUUGUUAUUGGUGAAUUAGUUGAAAAGGUUAAUUCAAGUGAUCCAGGAUGUAUUGUAGAAAACAUCGAAGGUUUAUAUUAA